UCGGUUUGUCAUAACAAAGGCGGAAUAGAGAGAACUUACUACCUCAAUGGAAAGUCGCCAUUUUUGCAAGGUGUCAUCCGUUCUUCAGAAUCAAGAAACAAAAAAAAAGUUAAAAACUCCACACGCUAGGGCUUAGGCGAAAGUGCGAAAGUUCUACAAAUUUCGAAUUGGGUUCGGUCUUUGUAAACAAAAUAGUCGUCUAAGAAUUAUCUUAAGAUUACCCACAAGUCCUUUUUCAGGAGGAAGAAUGGAUUUGGAGUCGGGCCCAGGGGGUUCUGUUUCUGCUGCAGCCAUUGAUUCUUCGAACAUAGGGUUUCGGCUUUUGAAGAAGCAUGGUUGGAGGGAAGGGACGGGCCUUGGAGUUUCUGAGCAGGGUAGACUGGAACCCGUACAGGCGUCUGUGAAGAAUAAUAAACGAGGCUUGGGAGCAGAUAAAGUGAAGAAGAAAAUUAAAGAAACUACAGAUAAUGCAACCUCAGAUAGAAAAAAUAACCAGGAACGUCCUCCUCCAAAGAAAGCGAAGGGGCUAACGAAAAGGAUGAGGAAGAUGCAAGAGGAAGAGAGGCUAUUUCAGGAGAAGGAAUUUGAACAAGCAUUUUUUAGGGAAUUUUGGCCAGAAAAUGUUUGAUACAUUAACUCUACAUAUCAUCAUUGUUAAGUAAAUUCAGAUUCUUUGUCAAAAGCCUUUGCAGUCACCAAGUAGAGUUUGUAAAUAUGAUUACACCAAACAAUGUUGUAAAAUUUAAUUAUACCCUUUUUGAGCCUCAACAGCAUGUUUCAUGAUUACAAUUUAAUUGUUUUAAAAGAUUAUAACCUUUUUUUUC